GAUGACAGCUUCGACUCGGGCGGUCACUGAGCGCUACGAGCUCAUCAAAGUUAUGUAACUGCGAACCCGACCAUUUUCGGAGACCCUCAGGUACAAUGCGAUAUACAAAAGAGUAAGGAUGGGGACUCGUGGCUGUCAACAUCUCCCCUGUGCGACGCAGACAAGAGUGCGGAUGCAUGGUACACAGCAUUGAUGCCGUGCAUCCGUAUAUCAGAAUCCAGCAUGAGGCUGGAGAUUCAGUACCGCGCCCUUUAUCACUCAGUGAACACUACAGCUCUCCAUACCUCCACUCGAAAUCGCACCGCAAGCCAUGCCCGGACCCAUCAGUCUGUCGGAAGACCCGUUGCGUGGAGAACAGCCAUCGCGCUCGGAGGGAGCAUCGCAGCCGGAGGGGACGUCACACCAAGAGGGGACAUCGCUCCCGGAACGCUCAGCGCGGCACCCACGUACAGAGCGAACGUCGCGUUCCGGGCGAGAGCGAGCACCACGCUCACACGGAGCAUCGCGUCCCAAACGAGCGCCGCGCCCACAGCGGACCAGCUCAACCGCUCUGCUCGAAAGAGAGCUUGACGCCCUUGAAGGGCGCACUACCGACGAGCCAACGUCGCGCCUCGAGAAGAUCGGCCUCCUCUUCUCCAGCUACUUCUUCACCUGCCUUUUCUUCGCCGGUGUCUGCGCCGUAUACGCCGGCAUUUCCACCUACGCGGCGUGGUACUUCCUUCAGACCAACGAACCCUACACCAGCAACUUCAACAUCGUCUACGCCGGCCCGCCCGGCGCGGCGGUCCUCUCCUGGGCGUUCUCCACGACGAUGUGGGUGUACCACAAGCUGGAGGCAUUGUACGAGAAGAAGCACGGGAUAUACGAGCCCCCGAAGGAGAUCCCGGAGUGGUGGACGUGGCAGCGCGAGACGUACGUUCCCCCGCCGCCGAAACUCGCUCGCCGCUAUGCGGGCUACGCCACUGCGGCGGGCACGAUCUCGGGGCUCCUCGUGGGCGGUCUGCUUGGACCUUUGCUGGGGGCGACGAUGCGGCGGACGACGCUGACCAGCGCGAUGAAUGCGUCGGCGGAGUUGUGGUGCGGUGCUGUCGGUACAGGCAUUGUCAUUGGUGGUAUACUAUUUGCCCUGUCCGGUACGUAUGGGAUCUGGAUGUGGUACGGGGGCAAGGAGGGUGAAUGUUGAAGGGUUUUUCCGAUUUUCUACUCACGAUGGACAUCAUGGACUGUUUUGUAUCGGGAAGAGUAGAUUGACUACGGCGCAUGUAUAGAACUGGCGCGCCUCUAUGACAGCUUAUCGAAACUCUUGCGUUUUAACAUGCACGUCAAGACGUAUGCGGUCACAUUCAUCCUUGCAACAUCGAACAACCUCUGAC